AUGGAAUACCGCGCCAUCGUUCUCUGUUUCCGGCUCUUGGCCGUCGUUGCCACAAUCUUGCUGUGGGGAGUUUCCCUCGCCAACGGCACCGUCAAGGCUCUUCUGCUCGCAGUAUGGCACGGUCGACUUAGCAACGAAAUACCUUUGAGAAUGUCCUACAUGGGGCUUCCACCAGUGGAUCUUCUCAUCUCUCGCUUAGUGGCAUUCUUUUUCUAUGGUACCAACAGCUAUGACGAGGGGUAUCAACUGUUCCUAGUCGACGCCUAUUCUACUCUACAGUCUGCCUUUGUUUGGCUCUACGUUGAGAGUCUCCGACCGGGUGUCAAGCCGUACUGGAUAUCUAGAUAA